GCGAAAUGAGCCUGGUUGAUGUUCUGCAGGCAGUUUAAAUAAGUUUGUUUGCUUAAUAGCGUGCUGGCUGAGUGUCAACAUCUUUUUACCACUUAGUCACAAGGCCAAAUGCUAGACUUCGGGUUUCAUGCUGACAAAUGAUGCAAAUGAAUACCAUUCUCUUCCUGCUACAGUAGAAGAGGAAGAAAAUCAGAUUUCCAGUGAACGUAUUUGCAAUUCUGGAGCAAACAUAAAGUCUCUCCAUGGCUAUACAGUGGGCAAUCAGCUGUCUGAAUACAAGGAAUAUUGGGUCCAGCAAGAACAAAGAAACCACAGCACAGAGCCUGUAAUAGAUGAUUAUAAAAAGAUGGGGACUCUCUUCGGCGGACUGAACAAAAGUCUUAUCAGAAUAGGCUUCACAAGGAUGUACUUUGGAGAACGGAUAGUAGAACCUGUAAUCAUUAUAUUCUUCUGGGUUAUGCUCUGGUUUGUCGGCUUACAAGCUCUCGGACUGGUUGCUAUCCUGUGCCUUGUCAUUAUUUAUGUACAACAGUAAAAUUUUAUAGAUGCCCACUGUUGGAUUCUGUAUUUUAACUCUGUCAAUCCACGGUCUCAGUGGAUAUGGAUGUUUAAGUAAAUGGGUGGCAUAUCAAAAGUUGCAGUGCUUGAAUUGUUUUUUGCUGAACUUUGGAGAUUCGGUGUGAGAGGGACUAAAAUUAUGAAUUUUAAGCAAAGUCGGUAGUCCUGCUAUGUCUUGACAGGGCACACACAUCAAAAGAAAAUAGAUACUCGUCACAUAACUGCGUCCAAAGUAAUGUACCCUUUUCUACACUCUUGGGGCAUUAGUCCCCCUACUGGCAUUUUAUUUCUCCUACACUCCCAAUUCCUGCAGUGUUCUUGUUUUGCAUAGUGAAAAUGUCUUGUCUGGUUUGAAAAGGACGCUUGACGUGAGUGUCCUGUUUCAUUGUUGGGGGACUGUGUGCUGUUUGUUCUUUGAAUCUGCAUAAUUUCCUAGUUUACUGCCAGAAAGCUGGAUUGACAUGAGGGAGGUUUGCUAGGAAACCUCCAGUGCUAAAUGCUCUGAAGUGGAGACAGCUUUGUCACGUAAAAGCACCUGUGCCUAGUACAGUUUAUGGCAAGCUUUCCUCUAGGAAGUAAGGAAUCCAGAAAACUGCUUGUACGCUAAUGCUAGUGGCUUCACUCAAGACUUCAGCUGUUGUUUAGGGUAAGGGAGGAAUCACAAUCCCAAAUGGACUAAUGUAGCUCUGCUUCGGUUUUGGAAAUGUACUUAGCUCCUGCUGCUCUAUUUUUUUCCUUGCUCUUCUCCACAUCCCUCCUCCUAAAGAUAAAUAUUUGGUUAACUUAUGGGCUUUGUAAGUAGUUAUAACUGCAGUCUUGGGAAUUUGCCAAUGCAGACAGUGCUGCUAGAAUACUGUCUGCUUCCUCUGGGCUCUUGCAUGAAGCAUCUGAACAACCAGAUUGAUAAUAGACAGGAGCUGUUAACGCCUUCCUCAUCUGCUGCACUGCAGGCCAAGCACGAACUAGGAACUUGCAUACAUAAGCAGAUCAGUCUUGUUUCCUCCUGCAAGACAAGGUUGUAGUGAAAUCAAGUGGCCAUUUUACUUAGUAGCCUUAACUGACUAAUUUCCAAAAUAGGCAGCAAAAUUAAUUGGAUGUCGUGGGCAAUGCAAACUUGAGAACAGGACUGAAGAAGUGGUGCAAGAUUUUCUCUAGCUCCCUAGGAGCCACACCAAGGGCGUACUGAAUAUUUCAGAGUUGGAUGUGCUCAUUUAAAGGAGAAUAGUAAAAUGAGACGGAAUCUUUACUAAAUAGGCUACCAAUCUAUGGUUUGCUGUAUAUUACUUUUAGUAAUGAAUUUGACUGCAAAUUUGACCUCAGAAUGGAACUCUGUUUAUUUACAGGUGUAACAUAACAUAAAAAAUUUACAGAAAAACUAUUUAAGCUUUUGCAAUGAUUUUUUUUUUCUAAACGAUUUUAUAUUAGCGGCAAUCAACAACAGAUAGUGUUUUCAACUACAAGCUGAGUCUUAUCCAAAGACCUUUGAAAUUAAGUGUAGUCCAGUUGUGGUUCCUGUGUCACAACUGGAUUUGCAGAGCAAAUUUUAUGCCAACGCCAUGGAUCGUGUUGCUUGCUGGGCUAUAUUUCCACAGCCCUCGACCCCAGUCCUUACAGACUUUUCUAUUAGAGAACUGAUGGCUCUUUAGUGCAGUGAACACAAAGGCUUAGCUCAGGCACCUCUAACUUGGGAGCCACAUGCAUACAUACUGUGGCCCACCCCCUGCCACUCUGCCAGGAAAAUCUCAGCUUUUCUAAUGAGAAGUUCCGCUGUGAGGAGCCCCUGUCCAAAUGUUCAGAUGACCUUUGCUGCGAGUGGAUCCGGGAGGCUCUGGUGAACCAGUGGGGCAGCGUGGAUGUGGGACAGAGGCCCAGGGUGUGUCUGAAUGGCGACCUGUGUUGGCUGGCAGCUGGUUAAAUAGUCACGCCGGUAGCAGGGAAGUGUUUUGCAACAGGAGGUGUUCCUGCAUACAGGGCUUUGUUGCUCGCAGCUGGAAUUCCAAAAGCAAACAGCAAACACAUGCUGGUGGCAGGAAGCUCUUUACUCAAGUGCCUACGGUAAACUUUGUCUUUUGUUUCGAUCCCUUGGAAAGCAGAGCACCUGUUUAUACUGUUGCGUGUUUAUAUAGCUAUACCGGUAGGUUUGAGUGUAUUCUUUUCCUCCGUAAGGGCUGUAUUACAAAAGCAUUCUGUCAUUUAAAAACAAGAUCCUUCCUUUCUUCCUGUGAUCAAACUAUUGUUCAGAGAAACUCAUCCAGUUCCUUUUGUCUUGUGGGGAAAAGUGUCAGUGUGAUAUCCUCAUUGCAGUGGUACUUGUGUGAAGACUGUAUUAUGACCCAGCAUGUAGGGUUUUUUCUUGACACGGUGAUUUUAGUCUGUGCAGGGAACCGGGAACAAUGAAUCGAGGGUGUGACUGACAAGCUAAGGAAGCUGUUUAUAUGCAUGUAACCUUCUAUUAUGUGUAUAACUAUGACUGUUUCAUUCAUGAAGUCAUUUAAGUUUCUCUUUUGAAGUUCAUGUCUCUAUAUUUGUAAUGUAUGGACUAAUGUAUGUUUUUGGACUAAGGUUGCGUACUGUGAAUGUUUGGUAUUGUUUCUCUUAAGGAUGACUACUCACAUCUUGUCCUUCACGGAUGUUUUAAAAUAUUUUAAAACCCAAAAGAAUAUAUCUCUUAAUGGAGUUGACUGAAAGCAAAGGGGGAAAAACAGUCCUGUCUGUAAAAUACCCCCUCACUUUCACUCUUGUGGUUUCAUACAUUCCAUUGUAUAUAAGAAUUUGCAUAGUUUUUCGUUUGGCUUUUUUUUUUUUUUAUGAUUGCUAAAUAAUCUCCAUGCUGUUUGUGGGAAAGGAAAGAGGACAUAAGGAAUAAAGGACUGAGAUAUAAUCAGAUCCAGAGAAUGGAAAAUGGAACACUCUGAAGUAGUGCUUAAAUGCAGGUAUGUCCAACCCAUAGCCAGCACAUGGCCAGGCCCAGCCUGUCCUGUGGCUGCCUCUGCCCUGCCAUCAUGGUGGUGGCUUUGCCCUGUUGAGUAGCCUGGGCACGUACCUGUAACUCAGCAACAGCCAAACAUUGCUGUGUGAUCGGCACUGUCUGGGCUAAUACCAGGCAGGGGGAAGCACAGUGCAGUGCCGACUCAGAUGAUGGCAAAUGAGUUUAUGCAUUGCAAUACAUUGGCUAAACGCAGUCCUGUGAACAGUGAAAGAUAUGUGGCUGUGCUUUCUGUUGUGAUAAAGACAUCUGAGAUAUAACACUGCAAUCAGAGACUCCACUCAAAAACCUGAUUAUGUCUCUUUACCAGACUUACGUAAGUUUGAGAAAAAUACCCCUCACUUGACGAUCACACCUUAUUCGUGUCAUCACAUUUGGCAGUACAUACAUUUGUGAACAACUUUUCAAGAACAAAGGGCAGGAAGAGUAAAAUUCCAUCAAAAAUCCAUGGCAAACACCCUGGAAGCUCACCAGGAAUUGCAGCCACUGCCAUCGAACCAGCCUGACACAUUAGUUUUACAAACACAGGGUCAAAUAUCCCCCUCACUACUUUGUGAUUUUGUUGCCCUCUUUUUUGUGUUUUAAUUAAAAAAAAAAUAAUAAUAAUAAAAAAUAAAUUUAAGUUUAGUUACAAAUAUUAAUUCAUAUAUUUUAUAUGCAGCCCAAGAUAACUCUUCUUCACUCAGUUCAGUCCAGGCAAGCCAAAAAGUUGUAUGUAUGUAUUAUAAGUGUUAAAAUAAAUCUUAAGUGUGAAUUUGUGCCAAGAAGAGGGGGAAAUGGGUAAACAGUCCUUGCAUUGUGUUCUUCCUACCAUCCAAUUUUAGUUCCAAGGCAUCAGGAGCACCAGGCAUUCCCAGUGUAUCUCCAGUUAAAAAGCAAAAGGUUAAUUUAAUUCAAGAAAAGGACAAAAAAUAUAGACAAUGUUGCUUUUGUCUAUAUACUUAUAAUGGAUAGUGUUGUUUAUAUUGGUAUAUAUGGUUAUUAGAACUGAAAGCACCUUGAUGCAUCUGUGUGUAGGACUGUGUGAAGGAAAGAUGUCCCCUCAGACUGCAGUAAGCAACCUGAUGUAAUUCCUGUUGGUCAGUGCAACAUCUCAAAAGCUUUUACAUAACCUCUGUUUUUUAAAGGAUGGACUCGUUGGUACUUUUUCACACCUGAUGCCUGAAUGUCGAACUACUGUGUUCAGAGAAGAAACGCUACACAGCAGAAUGUUGGAGAACCGUGUUUGCACUGAAGAAUCAUUGCAUUGAAACUGUCUGUUUUAAAAAGUAAAAAAAUCACAUUUCUUAACAUCUCUGUAUUAAGUGAAUCCUGUGGAAAGCACUUUGUUAUUCUUUGUAAUAAAAAAGUAUUGUCAUCAGUGAGAA